AGAACUCUUGAUAACAAACCCGGUCUGGCCUGGUUUGUUCCUUUCACGCCCUUUCUUUCUCUAUCCACCACCUCUUUGCCUCGCCCGCCCGCUUGUUCCCCUCCCCUCAAGAGCAUACUCUCCCUUUCUCUCUUUCUCCCUUCACGGCCCUUCCUUCGUCUCAUCGUCUCUCAUCAACCCCACUUCCAUCUCGCUCACAUCCACUCCAUUCAUUCUUCUCCUCCACGCAGUGUUCCUGGCUCAUCACUUUCUACGCCUACCUCUCACUACACGGUCCAAUCUUCUCCACGCGGCAUGUCCUCCUUCCCAUUCAUCCUCCAGGUCAACAAGGGCCACUGCCAGCUCGAGCUCAAGUACACUGGCCAGUCUCUCGAAUUUGAUAUCCCUGAUGCCGAAGAGUCCAAGCAGUCGGCCAGUUGUCUUCCCUGCGGUCCUACUCCAAGUGGUCUUCGUUCUAUCAAGACAGUCGAGAUCCUGAACAUCACCAUUGAGCAGGAGCACUCCCUUAUCAUCUCGGCCUGUACAUCCAGACACGGGCCCAAGAAGGAAGCUGGGCUGGAGCUAUUCGAAUUCCAAAUUAAGGACCGAGCCUUGGCAACAGAAUGGCAGUUCAAUGUCCUGGUUCAUGUCUACAAAGGUCUUAAGAGAGGACGACACUUUAAGGUCUUGGUGAACCCAUUUGGUGGCCAAGGACAUGCCAAAAGGAUCUGGGAACAUACAGCGGAGCCCUUAUUUAAAGCCGCAGCAUGCACCUACGACCUCACCUAUACAACUCACCGGUACCAUGCCAAGGAGAUUGCAAAAGAUUUGGACAUUAAAGCAUAUGACGCCAUUGUCUCGGUCAGUGGUGAUGGAGUCCUGCACGAGGUCAUCAAUGGACUCAUGGAGCGUCCCGACGCCAUCGUAGCCCACAAGCUUCCGUUGGGGGCUAUUCCUGGAGGAUCUGGAAACGCCCUGUCGUUCUCUCUCCUAGGCGAGGACCAUGGAAGCCAUGUCGGCAACGCUGUCCUGGGCAUCAUCAAAGGAAGGGCUAUGCCGGUCGAUCUGUGCUCGGUCACUCAAGGCGAUAACAGGUUCUUUUCGUUCGUCCUCCAGUCCUUUGGCCUGAUCGCGGAUGUAGACUUGGGAUCAGAACACUUGCGUUGGAUGGGCGAAGCUCGGUUUACGGUGUCUGCAUUGAGCAAGCUAAUGUCCCAGGUCACAUAUCCAUGCGAGCUCGCUUACAUUCCAGAGGAGACCAGCAUCGAAAAGAUCAGGACUCAGUACAAUGAACGUCGACGUCAGCCUGUAGUCUGGGCAGAUCAGACGCACGAUGAGCUGGACGGGAACCAUCCAACUAUCGUGGAUCGAUAUGGCCGUGUUACGGACCCGAUCAAAGAAUCGGAUGGCUGGAUCGUGGAGAAGGACCAUUUCGCGACUGUGGUUGGCGCUAAAUUGCCCUGGAUUUCAAAGGGAUCUGUCUCUCACCCAGCAGCACAACCCAACGAUGGACUGGUCGAUCUCUUAGUGUUCCCUAAGGGGCUUGGGCGCGUUGCUGGACUGAAGAUCAUGGUUGGUGUCGAGACUGGUGAGCACGUUUACAAUGAGAAGGUCCGCUAUAUGAAGGUCAAGGCAUUCCGUGUGACCCCACAGGAGCGAACAGGCUAUGUCUCCAUGGAUGGCGAGCACACACCCUAUGUCCCUUAUCAGGUUGAGGCACAUCGCGAACUGAUUUCCGUUCUGAGUAUCGAGGGCCGCUAUGCCCGCAGCAUGAAGGAGUAGUAAUCCUAAUUACAGAACUAAUAUCAUCUAUACCAAAAAUCAUUCAUUUCAAAAAUAAAAUAAGCAAUAAUACACAC